AUGAACUCCAUCAUUCAUCCGGAUCUUCGGAAUUUCUCCGGCAUUUUGAAAAUAAUUCAAAUAAUCAUUCAAGUUAAUUUAUAUGUAAUAUUUAACUUAUCAUCAACGACCGUGUGGCUCGCUGUGUCGAAGGUUGUCAGAGGAGGAUGGAACGGGUAG